AUGUCGGUUGUUGUUGCCUUCAAGUCCAGAAAGGUGCAAAUCGCAACAGCCUUCAGUCCCACAACAAUGCUCUCACGACGUAUUGGUCGCAUCCAACGCCUUGGGGCUGUCGCCCAAAUAGCUCACCCUGCGAGCGCGAUCCAAAAGCGAUGCCUCUCCCAGGCCGACGUUGAGGAUCCGAACAUGAACGGAGGCUACUUGAACCCACCACCUAUCAAGCGCCAGUUUCGCGACCCCAAUGGAGAUUGGUGGGAUAAACAACAGCGUCGUAACUACGGCGAGCCAGUACAUGAAGACGAUGACAUUCUCGGUCUGUUCUCUCCAGAGGAAUAUACGCACACCAAACCGGCUACUGCCUUCUUCCAGAUCGGCUGCUUCAUCACCGCAGUGUUUGGACUUUGCGGAGUAGUUUACGUUCUUUACCCGGACAAGCAAUCAUACCCGAAGGAGUAUGAAGGAGGAUUGGAGAAGGAGCUCGGUGGGCCAGGAGUUACUAGGGCACGAAAGGCAGGAGACCCAUACCAGUGAUUU